AUGGGAUCGAAAAGCAAAGCAAAACCACGUCCGCGAAGUCGGAAAAGAUUAGUGUCCAGUUUCCGAAGAACAACUACACUGCCACCAACUACCUUGAAUAAUACAGAACCAAAUGACAAUAAUAGUGGUAAAAAUGAUGAUUAUAUCAAUACUAAUAGUAUAAUUGAUAAAGCUAAUUUGAUUAACUUAAUGGAAAAUACAAUUUGUAUAAAUUGUCAUAAGCAAUGGCUUGGAAGCAUUCAAUGUCGUAAACGAGAAGGCCUAUAUGAAUCAUUGGAAUUUAUUUGUUCUUAUUGUGAACAUGCAGUUAAAUUACCAACAUCAAAACAACAAACAAUGACGCAACGUCGUGAAAUCAAUAUUCGUGCUCAAUUGGGUGCUCAUUUAACCGGUAUUGGACGUAGUGGUUUGGAAAAAUUAUGUGUUGCAUUAAAUAUUCCACCACCGAUUGAUGAAGAUCAUUAUACAGCAACUGAUGCAUAUCUAUUGGAUAUAAUUCAAAUUCAUCAACAAAAUUCAAUGGAUCUUGCAGUCAAAGAAGCUGUACAAGAAGCCAGUAGUACCAAUUUAACUGUCAGUGGUGACGGAUCAUGGAUAACUCGUGGUCAUUCAAGUGCUCAUGGAAUUGCUGAUAUCUGUUCAACAACACAAAGACCAAAGGUUAUUGAUGUAGAAAGAUCAUCAAAGGAAUGUUCUCAAUGUAUAGGUGCAUAA